GGGCGGAGGUCGGAUUCAGAUAAAGAGUUGCUGUCAUUGGUAGAAGACGUUUCUCCAGUACACUACUUGGACUUGUGCAAUGCUCUAGAUGUCUCCAAUCUACAAAGUCAAUUGAUUUUAACACAAAACCUCAUGAAUGUGUCCAAUUCGCUGUUUGAAGUCAUCUGCAGAUGGAGAAUCAAGCAGAAGGAUGGCACUAAUUACAAGAGACUUCUAGCUGAAAAACUCAGGAGUGUACAUUUAGAUACAUUGGCAACAAAACUAGUAAAAGGUGGAUACUCGUCACAAGACACCCCAACUCAGUCUUUAUUUACAGAUGAGGUGCACCCUGUAAACAAGCUCACACAAGAAGAGGAUAAAUGGUGCGGUAAAGAUUUCAUGACAUUCUAUUGCACGGUGAUGUAUAAAAUCAAGACUGGUCCACUUGAAUUUCAUUCCGUAAAGGAGUUUGAAAACAUUUACAAAAAAAUUAGUACUGCUUCAAAACAAGAUUGAAUUAAGGGAGGCUAAACAUGGACGAAAGGUGAUCACCUGCCCUUUUAAGUGAUG